GUUGGUACCCGGCACUGUUUACAUCUGCAGGGUCAUUCAGCUGGUAAACAGAAGCACGUGUAAGGAAAACAAGAGGAAAACAAGAGGAAAACAAGAGGAAACAAGAGGAAGAAGAGGAAGAGGAGCACCAGUAGAAAACACGUAAGAGGGAGAGAAAGAGGAGAAGAGGUGAAGAAGAGAAGGAAGAGGAAGAAUACGAAGAGGAGGAAGAGUUAUCAAAUACUCACAGGUACCCCCUACCUGUCCCCAGCAGCACCAUCAUCAUCAUCAGCAACAUGGCCGACCAGGAGCAGCAGCAGCAGCAGCAUGACGCCUCAGAGGAGAUAGUUCUUAUGAAAUCAGAAGAAAUGCCUCAAGGAACCCCAAUAAUUAAAGGCUACGACUUCAACGCAGGAAUUGACUAUCACAAAUUAUUCCAAUCAUUCCUACAUUCCGGAUUCCAGGCGACAAGUUUCGGACGGGCUGUGGAAGAGAUCAAUAAAAUGAUAGCCUGCCGAGAGGAGCCAAUGAAACAAACAGACAAUUUGCAAGUUUCCGACAAGAUAUCCGUAAAAAACAAUUGCACAGUUUUCCUCGGCUACACUUCCAACAUGGCGUCCUGUGGCGUGCGGGAGACCAUAAGAUUUCUCGUCGAGCACCGCCUUGUGGACUGCCUGGUGACUACUGCAGGGGGUGUAGAGGAGGACCUAAUCAAGUGCCUGGCCCCUACAUACCUGGGGGACUUCCAUCUCAAAGGGCGUGACCUCAGGAUGAAGGGAAUUAACAGGAUCGGAAAUCUUCUUGUUCCGAAUAACAACUACUGCAAAUUCGAAGAUUGGGUUAUGCCCAUUCUCGAUGAGCUCCUGAGGGAACAGAAGGAGGAGGGAGGUUACUGGACCCCUUCGAAGAUCAUCGCCCGUCUCGGCAAGGAAAUUAAUAACAAGACCUCCAUCGCUUACUGGGCCGCAGUUAGGGGCGUCCCGAUCUUCAGCCCAGCCCUAACUGACGGCAGCCUAGGGGACAUGAUCUAUUUCCACGGCAUCCGCAACCCUGGCCUUGUGGUGGACAUUGCUGAGGAUCUCCGCUUGAUCAACCAGCUGGCCAAGAGGUCGUUAAACACUGGGAUGGUUAUAGUUGGUGGAGGAGUCGUUAAGCAUCACAUCUGUAAUUCAAACCUGAUGCGGAACGGGGCUAACUACUCCGUCUACCUCAACACAGCCAGCGAAUGGGACGGAAGCGACAGUGGAGCGAGGCCCGAUGAAGCUGUUUCCUGGGGCAAAAUUCGACUUGACGCCAACCCUGUCAAGAUAUACGGUGAGGCCUCGUUUGUUUUCCCUCUACUUGUUGGGGAAACUUUUGCGCGCCACCAUCACCAACAACAACAACAACAACAACAACAACAACAACAAGAGGAGGAAGAAGAGGAGCAGAAAUAGUAGUAGUAAUAGUAAUAGUAUCUUAACUACUACUACUAAUAUUGUUUUCUUGUUUACGAUAAUUACAAAUGUUUUUUUUUCAGUUCGAGACGAAAAAAUUUUAAAAAACGUCAAAUUUUUGCUUUCACUGCCGAAAUAUUGUGAACUUAACCCUUUGAUCACCUCUCUUAACCCUUUCAUUACCUUUCGCAACCCUUUUUCUAUUGCAACACCCACGCAACACCCACGCAACACCCACACAACACCCACAGCACAAUUACUAGCCUGUUGUGUUGUAUAUAUAUAUAGAGAGAGAGAGAGAGAGAGAGAGAGAGAGAGAGAGAGAGAGAGAGAGAGAGAGAGAGAGAGGGGCUUUAUCUCUCUCUCUCUCUCUCUCUCUCUCUCUCUCUCUCUCUCUCUCUCUCUCUCUCUCUCUCUCUCUCUGAAGCAAACCAAUUUUUUUUCAGCUCAGAGCGAAAAAAAAAAAAAAAAAAAAAAAAUUGAAAUAUAAUAGUUUAAAAGUUGUGGGUGAAAGAAAAAUGUAAUUAUCUUAAGUAAUUCACCACGUAUGUAAUUAUUAAUGUUAUUUUUGGCUUGCAUUUAAUUACAUACAUUCCACAAGAUAUAA